GAACACAACAAGAGCGCCUGAUAGUCAACAAAACGAUGUCGGUUUUAGGAGGGCGGAAAGAUAAACUGUUGUUUGGUGUUUUGGUAAGAAAAUGACACCCUUUCGAGCUUCCAUCCAACGUGUCGUUUAAGGCAGCGAAAAGCCGAAAACAGGCGCUCUCUCGAAUAUAAAGCUGAUCAAACAGGGAAUAGAAGCUCGAAACGAAGAAUGAGCAAUUUGGAGGUUUCCCAGUUCACUCACACCCCAUUUUACUGUGAAGAAAAUGUUUAUUUUCUUCUCAAGAAACUAUGCAAGGAUGGUGUAGCAGAUGCUGAUGGGUCUGAUCUUUUUGUUGUUUUCAUUUCCAAUGAUAAGAAACAGAUCCCACUGUGGCAUCAAAAGGCUAGUACAAGAGCAGAUGGAAUCAUUCUUUGGGAUUAUCAUGUGAUUUGCAUUCAGAGAAAAAGAGAUGGGAACUCUCAUUUAGUGUGGGAUUUGGAUUCAAGUCUUUCCUUUCCUUCUCCGUUAGCUUCAUAUGUCUCCGAAACCAUCCGGCCAUCAUUUCAGCUCUUCUCUGAGUACCAAAGGUCUUUCCGAAUUGUGCAUGCUCCAAUUUUCCUCCGUUUCUUUGCAUCUGAUAGAAGACACAUGAAAGAUUCUGUUGGUAAUUGGACUGCCCAACCUCCUGCAUAUGAACCCAUCGUAGCUGAAGACGGAACCAUUCACAACCUGAAUGAAUACAUGGAGAUCCAUGCAUCUGAUGAAUCAACAAAUAUGGAGGCUGAUUUGAUCAAUUCAGUUUUCACUCAGCAACUUGGUGUGGUGAUAGGCGAGAAUCAGUUGGAGGAAUUCUUUUCUCAAAUUUCUUGAUCUCUGUUCAGUUGCUCAUGUGCGUGAGUUCAUACAUGUACUUUUUUGUUCAUUCUAUGAUGUUGAUUAUCACUUUUACUGCUGCUGGUUUGUUAAUCCAUUUGUUCAAGACAUUGGGGCGUUUUUUGAGACAUUCAAUGGAUUGAGAGAACAUCUCAUCUAUUUUUUCCUAGUGUUAUGUUGUUUAGCAGAAAAACGAGCUGUAAGCGGACGUCACAUUUUAGCUGUGUAUCAAAAACUUGUAAAUUGACAGGUUCAAAUUAUAGAUAUCUUGAUUGGUUUUUUUCA